CAGUUACCCCUUUACAAAACCAAUAAAUCAUCUCGAACCCAGUCCGUUAGGGCAGCUACCUGCCUGCAUCCCUUCCACUGAGCGUGGUCAGUUAGGCCCCGCCCCUGUCAAACGUUGCUCACUCGUCCGUCAGGAGCUAUCGACAGUGAUCAUUCGUGAUUUGCACGUCAAGCAAACUACUGCAAAAGUGCUCCAAGUAAUAAUGGCUUCGUUUUGGAAACCGUAUAAUAGUGACUGUGAGGACCAGGAGCACGCCCUCGACCUGUCGAGGCCUGCAGUGAAGGUGAAGCCAGUGUCUACGUUACAGCCACUGAGUGCUCCACCACUCCCGACAUCUGUGCCAGAGAUGUAUCCCGGCUACAUCGCUUAUCCAGACGCCGUCUACCCAGAGGCCAGCUACUAUCGAGCUGUCAACACUCCAGUAAAGUACGCAGCGUCCACGGUUUCCCCAAUAUCCAAUGACAGUGGUCACUGCACUGAAGAUUGCGAUACCGAAUCUUUAUCAAAUGAUAGAGAAUAUCAAAUUUUCGAAGAGGACGCCAUGAGGGCCAUGGCCGCCAAAAAUGGCGGCUCACUGCUGGGGCACAAUCCCAGAAUGAAGCGGGCUGUACAGAGCAGCCAGUCCAUAGACGAUUCGUACAAAAAACAGAGGGAGCGGAACAAUAUCGCGGCGAAGGCGAGCCGCGACCGACGGAAGCUGCGGGAGAUGAAGCUCGCGCUGCAGACCACGUACUUGAAGAAGAAAGUGGCGGAGCUGCAAGCCAGGCUGGCAGCCGGACUGUGCAGGCGCUGCCGGCAGAGGUGCGACUGCUGACUG